ACUACUUUCACUUCCGGGUAUUAUGGCGCAAAGUUCGAGUUGAAAUCUGUACCAAAUCGCUCUCAAAAUGGAUUUGUUUAGGUCAAGAAAACGUGAUGCUGACCAAAUGGGUCAAGGUGAAGGGUCAAGUCUGCAGAAGCGCAAAGCUGGGCUGUCCAGUUCCCUUGAUAAUCUGCUUGACAUAGGCAAGCUAGAGGACCCUGAUGGAACCGAUUCUGAAAUGAGCGCCACAGACUCGGACGAAGACAUUGAUCGUAAUGAUGUCAACAAAGCAAGCAGGAAACAGAAAGUGUUUGCUAUGAAGUCAGUGAAACGAGACAAGAAGAAAGAAAAAGACCUGCGGAAAAAGAUUGAAAAAAAUAUGAUCACCAUGGACGACUUCCUAGGAAAGCAAUCUGAGUUUAAAAUGUGGCUGUUUGAAGAGAAGAGCAAAAACGCCAGUGAAGUGAGCUCCCCAAAGCUGAAGACUUAUUUCAAGCAGUUUGUAAGGCUCUGGAACAAACGUAAACUGACAGGGAAGUACUACCGAUCCUCCAACCUUCCAGACAGUCCAGCCACUGUGACUUCAACGAAUGUCAACUUCCUCGCGGAGUACCCAGUGACUAUCAACAUUCCCUUGAACACUGUCGUUGAGAAUGUCUCGGAGAAAUCACAGACAACGUCCCCGUUUGUAACCUUUGGGAAAACACCACCAAAAGUUUUCCGCUCCAAGAAGUUUCAUCUGUUUAGCGGGGCUAAGGAUGUCGCACUGAUUUCUGUGGCCCCGAUUGGCUCUCCGAAAGUUGAGGUGAAAAACAAGGAAAACAUCAAAAAUGAGGUGCACUAUCUUGUGCCAAGAGGGGACAAGCAAGCAUGCGAUGGCAGCAAGGGACAGACAACUACCCACCAUGGAGCCAUUCCUUACAAGGUAUCGACAUAUCCUUGGGCAUCUGCAGACCAGACAAGCAUCAACACGAAAGACUCCUCCCUAGAUAUUUGCUCCACAUCAACACCACCAAAUAUGUCCCAGACUUCUGGGGAGAAUUGGCCUUCCCCACCCACCCAGCAAGAAAUCAGGGGAAUGAACUGUGUAACAAACAGUGACUCUCCCCAUGUCCCACCUCCUCCACCUCCAAGAGUGGAGAGUCUUCAGAGAAAGAACAGUGCAAAUAGGUCACCAAUGUUGUCUUCAAAUUAUUCAGACCCUUCCGACAAACUUCCUUGUAAUGGAAUUCCUGAAGAUCCUCAUUAUCAAGAUCCUAUUGACUGUGUGAGUGCAGUAAAUUCAAGAACAAGGCCUGAUCAUGCAAAGUUGGUUUUGAAGGUGAUUGGUUCACAUAAUGAUGAACCAGAUUUGAGUUUGUAUUCAAAGCCAGUGAUUGAGAAAAGGUUAAGCAAAGAAGAGCUGGAAGGAAUGUAUGCAAAACCAAUGAAAAAGUCCAAAAGAGAUCCUAUAUGUGAGGGAAAGAUAGAAGAUGCAACUUCAGGAAAUUUGUAUGAAAUUAUUGAUAAAAUAAAAACAAAGAGUGUUGCAAAAGAUGUUCAUUCCAAAGGAAAUAUUCAACCCAAAGCAGACUUGGCUCCCAAACAUUUUGUAGAGCCUUUAUAUCAAACAAUGGAGGAAUGCAGAGCUAAUUUCAAACAUGACACUGUAGAUGGUGAUGUAAGGUGUGUAAAGGAUGAUAAUUUGUAUAAGAAGAAAGAAAGUCCGAAAAAAUUUGCAAGCUUGUCACGCUUUUCAAACAAACGCGUGAUGGCUGCAUCCACUGAGAAAAUCUACGAAACAUACUUGAGCUAUGGACGAAAGAGUAAGAUUCAACGAGCUAAAAAUGAAGCAAAAAAGUCUGCAGAACUUGGCUCAGAGUUGCAGCCAAUCAAACAGAGGUGUAAGUCUCAACCAGAUAUGUCCAUAAGUGAGAAAAUGAAUGUUUUCGAUAUCAACAUAACCAAUGAUGACAAUGUGUUGUCCAAUCAAUCCAGUCCAACAAGAUUAAGUUCAUUCAAACCCAAAGAUAUAAAUAGUACUCAUUCUGUAAACCAUGGCGCGCGACUGUUACGAGACAGAGCUAAAAGCUAUGAUGAUAUGGACACGCCUGGUACACCAAUAAUACUCUCGACUCCCUCUUUUGACUCAUUGUGCAAUGUUACAAUGCUGAAAAAUGAUUCUGUGUCAAUGAAAAGCUUUUCUGUAAGAUCAGGGUCCUCAGAAAAUGUUUCAAUAUGCAAUAUAUCUUCCUCAACGAAUUCCAGUCUUUCUUUUGGACCGGACGAUAGGUCAGAGAAAUCUACUUCGCUGCAGAGCUUGCAUUCAGUGCAUUCAAGUAAAUCUUUAUCUCCAGUUAAGGAAGUUGAAGAGCUACCAAAAAAGGAAACUACUCCAGAGAAGGUUGAAAAUGUUUGUGAGAGUGGUUGCCCUUCAGACAAUGAGUCCUACAAGUCUGGGUUUAUACCAAUCACUCCUGGUAAAUUAAAUGCCAAGAAGCAUGGCAUUGAUUUCAGUAACUAUUUGUUGAAACCGGUACAAAUCAAAGAAUCUCAACAACCGUCAGACAUUGAUUCUGGGACAAAGAUUGGUAGCAGUAGCAAAGGGGUUUUGCCAGAAUCUUCUGAAGCAUCACACAAAAUAAAUAGAAAGGGACAAAUUAAAGUGGUAAUUAAGGACACUUUGUCGGGUGUGAGGACGAAUAUGGACAAUUCAAAGACAGGAUCAGUGAGUCGUAGAACAGAGCCGGAAAACAGACACGCUGUGCAGACAGUUCAAGACUGUCAAUCUAUGAGCGAUGAGAAUAAAAAACCGAAUGUUCCAAAUAUUGGAGUGGCAGGCAGAAGCAGAAAGAAAGAAACUCAGUCUACAGCAACUAAAUUACGAACAUUGAGCACUGAUCGCCGACAGGAGUCUCAAAGUAAGAGACACAGGGGCGAGAAAGUGAAAGUGGAUUGUAAGUUUUUGGAAACGGACUUGGACACAGUGGUCAGUGAAAGACCAAAGUCAUUGAUGAAGAAGAGCAAAAGUCACAGCGGCUUUGAGGCUGGUAGUGACACGGUGGUGACUGAAAUUUGGUAGCAGUUGUUGAGACUGGCAUGCAGUGGUAAUUUUAAGUUAUUAACUAGCCUCACUCUUGGAAAAUUGGACGUAACGUAUGUGCCUAAAGUGACAAUCCAGAUUAGCCUGUGCAGUGACAACGUUUCCUCUUUCAUCGAAUUUGUUUAUGAAAGGAAGUGUAUUCUGAGCAAAAGCUCCACUCUAGGCGGAAAGGGUUGUCCCUGUGUGGACAGCACAGGCUAAUGAGGGAUGACAUUACCAGCAUGCAUUUAGCCCAGUGUUUUCAGAACAAGGCAUAUACAUGUAUGUGUGCCAGUAUCCACCAAACCAUUCUUUGGUCUUAUGAAUGAAGUUUCGACUGCAACCAGAGAAAACAUAAUUUAGUGUUAUUGCAGAUUAAUGGGUGCCUUUUUUAUGCGUCCGUCUGUCCUUCCAUCACACUUUGCAUUUAGGUUUCGCAUUUAGGUUUCAAAAAAUGCUCAUAACUUAUAUGUCCCUUCACAUAGCAACUUGACAUUUGGCAUGCAUGUGUAUCUCAUGGAACUGCACAUUUUGAGUGGUGAAAGGUCAAGGUCAUCCUUCAAGGCCAAAGGUAAAAACACAUGUAUCAAAGCGGCGCAGAAGGGGGCAUUGUGUUUCUGACAAACACAUUUGUUGAUAUUGUUGAAUUAAAAAAGGAUGUAAUUUAGGUGACCAAAAAAAUAUUUUUAAGCACUUGCAUAACAACAAUUUUUAGAAUUUUAGAUCACAAUUUGUGGAAUAGUGCAUACAUUUUUAUGCCCCCCUUCGAAGAAGAGGGGGUAUAUUGCUUUGCUCAUGUCGGUCGGUCGGUCGGUCCGUCCACCAGGUGGUUGUCAGACGAUAACUCAAGAACGCUUGGGCCUAGGAUCAUGAAACUUCAUAGGUACAUUGAUCAUGACUCGCAGAUGACCCCUAUUGAUUUUGAGGUCACUAGGUCAAAGGUCAAGGUUACGGUGACCAGAAAUAGUAAAAUAGUUUUUGAAUGGUAACUCAAGAACGCAUACGCCUAGGAUCAUGAAACUUCAUGGGUAGAUUGAUCAUGACUUGCAGAUGACCCCUAUUGAUUUUGAGGUCACUAGGUCAAAGGUCAAGGUCACGGUGACCCGAAAUAGUAAAAUGGUUUCGGAUGAUUACUCAAGAAUGCAUACGCCUAGGAUCAUGAAACUUCAUGGGUAGAUUGAUCAUGACUCGCAGAUGACCCCUAUUGAUUUUGAGGUCAAAGGUCAAGGUCAUGGUGACCCGAAAUAGUAAAAUGGUUUUCGGAUGAUAACUCAAGAACGCAUACGCCUAGGAUCAUGAAACUUCACAGGUAGAUUGAUCAUGACUCGCAGAUGACUCCUAUUGAUUUUGAGGUCACAAGGUCAAGGUCACGGUGACCCGAAAUAGUAAAAUGAUUUUCGGAUGAUAACUCAAGAACGCUUUUGCCUAGGAACAUGACACUUCAUAGGUACAUUGAUCGUGACCCGCAGAUGACCCCUUUUGAUUUUCAGGUCGCUAGGUCAAAGGUCAAGGUCACAGUGACAAAAAACGUAUUCACACAAUGGCUGCCACUACAACGGACAGCCCAUAUGGGGGGGCAUGCAUGUUUUACAAACAGCCCUUGUUGUAAUAUUCUUUAUUUUAGUUGUUGACUCAAGUAAAAUAAUGGGUUAGUGAAAAUGAUUCUAAGGUCCAGAAAAGUAAUGACAUGAUUGUAGCUGAUAUCUGCUGAAAUUUAACCAAAACUGUUGUAGAAAAACUAGAAAAGAUUAAACCAAUUUGUUCACACUUCACACAGAAAUGUGGCUUACAUAUAUUUAUAUGGUAUAUAGCUCGAUAAGAGCAAAAAGGUAUUAACAUGUGCCAUUUAAAUACCGGUAUAAAAACUUAUGGUACCUUUUUGAACCAUUUGGUUGAAUUAUGUAGUAAAAGUUUCUGUUAAAAUUCUGUUGGGUUAUUUUUUGGCAAGGCAUUUUCUAUAGCGGUGUCAUGUGUAUGGUUGAAAAUUAGAAAAGUUAAAGUUUUGUUUCAUACACUAAUAAUAGCCAAAGCUUGUGGCAGUGCAAUUGUAAUAUUGGGUCUAUCAGUUUCAUUCAUUAUCUGGUUUUACAAUGAGUUUUUAUACCAGGUACUUGCAAUAAUUGUUAACAGAGAUGAAAGUUAUAUUUUUGUUAUAAUAAUAACGAUGUAUAAUAACAAGUUGUAUGGAAUAUAUUAAAUUCAGGUUGUCUGAUUCAAAAAUGUAAAAGACAUGCAUGUUAUAAUAAUAUAAAGAUAAUAAUGUAAAAAAGAUAAUAACAUACAUUGUAAAAUAAGUGCUGUGCAAAUAUGAAACACAUUAAUAAAAAUAGAGGUUAUUAACUGAUAUUACAAAAUUUAAUUUUAGUAAAUUGAGCAACUAAAUUUAAAUGUAGUGAAAAUGAUCGCAAACAUUUGUUAUUUUGUUUAUUUAGCAAAAUGAUUUAAACUCAAUCUUGAAUUCAAAAUUAUUCGGUAAGUAGGAUUAGUGAAAACUUACAAACAACUUUCUUUUUUCAACCUCCUUGUUCUUGAUUGGUAAUUGUGUGCUCCAAAAUCAUGUUAUGUUGAUUUUGUUGAUGUUUGUGUUUCAUACCAAGUUUAGUGUUUUAAUAUAUGUACAUGUUGAGUUUCAUCUCAGGGUUAAAGAUUGUAUAAUAAAUUCUUCAUGUUUCAAUUGUAUAUAAUUAUUUCAUUAUCAUUAUUUAAUACUCAUCAGAAUAGCAUUCUUUAAUUUCUUGCAAAAUGAGGAAAUAUAUAGACUGUUUGCUUUUAUAAAUAUACUUUGUUAUUAAUAAUGCUUAACACACGCCAGGGGUUUGAUUUAUCCUGCUUUCAGCUGAUUCCCUCCCUUUUAAUGUCAAACUUAUUUUACAAACAGUUAUUAUCUUUGCUGGGUCUAUGUACACAUGCAGAAUUUAAUUGAGCUCUGCUGUGGAGGUUCUGAAAUCACAUCCCUGCAUGUCGUUUGUUGUUGGGUUAGAUGGCAGGGUUCAUCUGCUACUUGAUAUGAGAACAAAUCAAGAUAGUUUAAGGAAAUGUGAUAAAUAGAUACCUGUAAUCAAUACCUUAUUUGGGAUUGCAGUUAGGGUGAAGGUCACAGUUACUACAAUGGAAAAUAGCCUUAGGUGAAAGUGCAAUAACCCAAGGUCAAACUGGUACUUAAAGG